AUGGUGCAAAGCGAUCCGGAUGAGAGGCUGAUAUAUUUGGCCUGUCAACAUAUCUUCCGCGGCACGUAUUCUCAGAGCGAAGUUUUUGAUUCCACCUUGAAGGCGAGAAUUCGAUUUCCGGAGUUAUUCGACGUAUCACCCACCCGGAGCGCUGAAAGAGAAGUUUCAGAGGCAGAGGCAGCAAGAGACGAGGCCAAUACUGUGAAAGAAAUAUCUGACCGUGAGGCCUCAAAAGAAACGGCAGUCAUUUCUCAAACAGAAGUCAAAGACGAACGUACAUUCUGUGACGCUCAGUUGACAUUCGCAAAAUUUUCAGAGCAAGCUCCAGGCACCACCGAAUCUGUUCAAUCGUUAUACCCGAUUUACAUGCACUAUCGAUGUCAGCAUCUAGUCUUGACUACUAUACAGGAAUUGGUUGAAGAGAGUUGCUUCCAGUUUGCUCAGCAAAAUUUCCCUCAGGUCUUGGCAGCAAAUGGAUGGGACUGUCCUGAGGCGGUUGAACUUACUGAAUGGAUCAAAAUACUCGCUCGUCAGUCCAACCCGCUCCUCAAACCUCCGCUUGAACAAUUUAUUGGCCUCCUUCGAGAACUUCGACAUUCUGCUGUGCACCGACUUCGGAAGACUGCAGCUGGUGUUGAGCGACUUGCUGAGAAUGCGCAGUUAUUUUUGACGGCUUGGGAAGAUUCAAUCCGAUCCAAAAAAAUUGAAUGUCUCCGUAGAGAAGUUCGAUCCGCGAUUGAAGAACUUCAGCGCAACAAAGACCUGCUGGAAAGAAGAUUGCUUGCACAACUCAAGGAGAUACAAAAAAAAACGCAGUGA